CUCUAUUCGCAAACUCUCUCUACCAGCAGCCAGCGAGAGAGCUCUCUGUAUUCAAAUCUCAUUCUAUCAAAAGUUUGAGCAUUCAUCAUGGGUAAAGAAAAGGUUCACAUCAACAUUGUGGUUAUUGGCCAUGUCGACUCUGGCAAGUCUACCACCACUGGACACCUCAUCUACAAGCUUGGAGGUAUCGACAAGCGUGUUAUCGAGAGGUUUGAGAAGGAAGCUGCUGAGAUGAACAAGAGGUCGUUCAAAUAUGCCUGGGUUCUCGACAAGCUGAAGGCUGAGCGUGAGCGUGGUAUCACCAUUGACAUUGCCCUGUGGAAAUUCGAGACCACAAAAUACUACUGCACGGUCAUUGAUGCUCCUGGACACCGUGACUUCAUCAAGAACAUGAUCACUGGUACCUCUCAGGCUGACUGUGCCGUCCUCAUCAUUGACUCCACCACCGGUGGCUUUGAGGCCGGUAUUUCUAAGGAUGGCCAGACCCGCGAGCACGCCUUGCUUGCUUUCACUCUUGGGGUCAAGCAGAUGAUCUGCUGCUGUAACAAGAUGGAUGCCACCACUCCCAAAUACUCCAAGGCAAGGUAUGAUGAGAUCGUGAAGGAGGUCUCUUCUUACCUCAAAAAAGUUGGAUACAACCCUGAUAAGAUCCCAUUUGUUCCCAUCUCUGGCUUCGAAGGGGACAACAUGAUUGAAAGGUCCACCAACCUAGACUGGUACAAGGGCCCGACACUCCUUGAGGCUCUUGAUCUGAUCAACGAGCCCAAGAGGCCCUCGGACAAGCCCCUUCGUCUCCCACUUCAGGACGUUUAUAAGAUUGGUGGUAUUGGAACAGUCCCUGUCGGCCGUGUGGAAACGGGCAUCCUCAAGCCCGGCAUGGUGGUCACAUUUGGCCCGUCGGGCCUCACCACUGAGGUUAAGUCUGUUGAGAUGCACCACGAGGCAAUGCAAGAGGCUCUCCCUGGUGACAAUGUCGGUUUCAAUGUGAAGAAUGUUGCUGUCAAGGACUUGAAGCGUGGCUAUGUGGCUUCCAACUCGAAGGAUGACCCUGCCAAGGAAGCUGCUAACUUUACCUCGCAGGUUAUCAUCAUGAACCAUCCUGGGCAGAUUGGUCAGGGCUAUGCCCCUGUGCUGGAUUGCCACACGUCCCACAUUGCUGUCAAAUUUGCCGAGCUUGUGACCAAGAUUGACAGGCGUUCUGGUAAGGAGCUCGAGAAGGAGCCCAAGUUCUUAAAGAAUGGUGAUGCUGGAUUCGUUAAGAUGAUCCCGACAAAGCCUAUGGUGGUCGAGACUUUUGCUGAGUACCCGCCUCUUGGUCGUUUUGCUGUGCGUGACAUGAGGCAGACUGUUGCUGUUGGUGUUAUCAAGAGUGUGGAGAAGAAGGAUGCAUCGGGUGCUAAGGUCACUAAGGCUGCUGCUAAGAAGGGUGCUAAAUGAAGUGUGCUGGUUGAUUUGGGAUCUGUUUGUGAUGUUGCUCGGUACAAGUACUUGUUGCUUGAGAACUAUGUUUUUGCUUUUACUGUUGUUUUAAGUUUUUUGCUAUGUCGGUUAUUUCUGCUGCCUUGCGUGUUGGGAAGUCAUUCUCAGAAUUGGGUUCUUGACAGGCGGUGGCAUUUUGGAGUUUGUCUUUCGGUUUUGAAACUUUGAGUCAGUUUUAUAUGUUUGCGUUAUUUUGGAUAUUCUUGAUUAUGACUAUCAAAACAUUCGUGGGUUUGUCCUUGUAUUUUUGAGAUAUUUUCUGUUGGAAGAUAAUUUUGUCAUGGUUUUGAAUGUUGGAUUAAUGCAGUAGUAGGGCACUUACUGUUUUGUGUUGGUAAUUUUAAUUUUGGGCUAGAUGAUAUUUACCAUAGUAGGAUAAAUAUCUAUACAGGUUGGUUGAAGUUUCACUUUAUGGUAAAGGCUUGUUUUGAAAAAGGAUGCAUUAUUUGUACAUAGCUAUGUUUCGAAAGCAUGGGAAAAUACAUGCAAGAAGGGCAAUUCAUGUG